AUGCUUACUAAAGUAAUUGCUAUUAUUGCAUUCGUAGGCGUUUGCCAUGCGAUAGAGCACGCUUAUUCUUCACAAAGUAUAAUUCGUCAUAAUACACAUGCGCAGCAUCAACCGAUCAAAGAGGUCGUUCCUGUGGAGAAGCAUGUCAUCAUUCCCGUGGUGAAGAAAGUGGUGCCUGUAGGGCACUACGUACAGGAGAGCCACAUCCAGCAACAACAGCACCAUGAGCAGGAUUACCACCACCAGCCCGCCGUCUCCUCGUUCCACAUCGAGCGACACGACGUGCCCGCUCAUCCACCCGCGGACUGGCACAAAUACAACGACGGUCCCGCCAAGUAUGAGUUCGAGUACCAGGUGCACGACCCGCACACCGGCGACUACAAGCAGCAGCACGAGGCGCGCGACGGACACGUGGUGCAGGGCGCGUACAGCCUGCGCGAGCACGACGGCUCCGUGCGCACCGUCAAGUACUACGCUGACAAGAAGACCGGGUUCAAUGCUGAAGUUAAGCACACUACAAAACAUAUCGAAGAAGAGAAACAUCACUAA